GUGGGAGGGGUGGGAGCACGGACCCCGCCCCUUCGCGACUCCUCGCGUGACGUCGCGGGGGGCGCCGGCCUCCGCCCGGCUGCGAGCGUACAGCAUGCUCUGCUCUGCUUCCAUCUUGAUUACUUCAGAAAUGAAAUGCAGCAAACAUUUAUUGAGUGGUGCAUGGAGAUGAACACUUGGAGUCAAGACCUUGGGUUCUUGUCCUGGCUCUGCCACUAACUGGCUGUGUGGCCUUGGCCAAGUCCCUUGUCUUCUCGGUGCUUUCACUUCCUUUGAAUAAAAUGGGUAAGUGCCUUCUUACUGGCAGGCUCUUGUCCAGGUCUCCCUUCCUGUCCUCCAGCAGGCUCUCCCUGGAGGCCCAGACCCCUCUGCUCCCCAUGGGCAGCUGCCAGGCAGGGCACAACCUGCAUCUCUGCCUGGCCCACCACCCACCUCUGGUCUGUGCCACUUUGAUCUUGCUGCUUCUUGGCCUUUCUGGCCUGGGCCUUGGUGGCUUCCUCCUCACCCACAAGACUGGCCUGCGCAGCCCUGACAUCCCUCAGGACUGGGUCUCCUUCUUGAGAUCUUUUGGCCAGCUGACCCUGUGCCCCAUGAAUGGGACAGUCAAAGGGAAGUGGCAUGGGUCUCACGUCGUGGGCUUACUGACCACCUUGAACUUCGGAGAUGAUCGAGACAGGAACAAGACCCAGACAUUCCAAGCCCAGGUCCAGGGUAGUCAUAUGGGAUUGAAAGGAUCUUCUGCAGGAGAGCUGGUCCUCAUUACAGCCAGGGUGACCACAGAAAGGACCCCAGGAACCUGCCUGUAUUUUAGUGCUGCUCCAGGAAUCCUGCCCUCCAGCCAGCCACCCAUGUCCUGCUCGGAAGAGGGAGCAGGAAAUGCCACCUUGAGCCCUAGGAUGGCUGAGGAGUGUGUCAGUGUCUGGAGCCACGAAGGUCUUGUGCUUACCAAGUUGCUCACCUCCGAGGAGCUGGCUCUGUGUGGCUCUAGACUGCUGGUUUUGGGCUCCUUCCUGCUUCUCUUCUGUGGCCUUCUCUGCUGUCUCACUGCUGUGUGCUUCCACCCACGCCGGGAGUCCCACUGGUCUAGAACCCGGUUCUGAGGGCACUGGCCUAGUUCCCGUCUCGUUCUCAGGUGUGAAUCAACUUCUUGGGCCUUGAUUCUGAGUUGGAAGAGAUAUUACAAAAGUGGAGAGCUGGAAUGUGGGGGAAAUAAAAGGUUUUUUUGCCCAGUG